UCCAUGUUCGUGACACGGAGGCAAGCGGCUCCGCUCGACACCCGCAGCGCCAUCAAAUAGGCUCGACCCUGACAACGUUGCCGUGGAAACCCCUCUCCUCAUCACGUCUCCUCCUCCUCCUCCUCCUCGCGCACGCCCACGCCGCACGCAUCGACACGAGCGGUAUUCCCGCCGCGCCCCUUCUUGCCGUGCCUGAUGAAUAAUCCAUGUGGAGGCAAGGAAGGCAUGCCAUGUGCAUUUAGGGAUGCUCUCCUGCUCAGAUGAUGGACUUCUUCACGUGGAGGCGAUCUGACUUGUUUUUGACAGCCAUGUUCCUACUGACCUCUACCAAUUCCCUCUACGCGCUAAACGCCGCGUGACGCCUUCGUCCCCCGGCCCCCCUGUGGAGGACCUACGGCUUAAGGAAGACGUCGCCAUGUUCUGCUUCUGUUUCCAGAGCCCGUCCCUCAAGCUGCAAGCCCUGGAGGCGGACACGGGUCCUCCUAACCCAGCACCGGAGGACCCCGAAGACCAGAAGAGCCUGCCAGCCCACCGGCAGCCUCCCACCAGUCACACGCCGUUUCUCCACUCGCCUCCGCCAGUGGAGCGCUCGCAGCCUGUCGACUCCUCGCCAUCCGGUCCUGCGUGCUCCCCCGCCCCGCCACCAUGGGGCGCCCCUGGAGAUGAGGAGCCCCCGUGCAUCUCUCCGGGCUCCACCAGCAGCCCUCCUCUCCUCUCCAGCCUCACCACCAGCGAGUGUCCCGUGCCGUCGCCGCGCUGCCCCAACCUGAGCGGCAGCCUGCGCUACAACCUGGACCCCGACAGCGCCCCCUCGCCGCCGUGCUCGCAGCACAUCCGCAUGGCGCGCUGCAGUGUCCGCGCCGAGCCCGACGACGCCGCCUCGUCCGUGUCGCUGCUGAAAAGACACGUUCAGACCUUGAGGAAGAGGAUCCGGCAGCUGGAGGAGCAUUUUGAGCAGGAGAGGCUGAAGCCGUCCUCCUACGACAAGACCGCACACCCGGAAGUUGCCAGACUGAUCAAGGAGCUCCUGAAGAGCCGCAAGCAGCUUAAAGAGCUCAAGCUGUGUGACGUAGAGGCCGACGUCCUGAGGGGCGCUUUGAUCGCCCCGAGGGAGUCUGGACUCUCAGGACCUGAGCUGGAACACAUCAACAACAGCAGCAACAGCGUGGAGGACACUCUGCACGUCAUGGCCAGCAGGCUGAAGGACCGGAGACGAGAGCUGGGACUGCCGGACAGCAUCCAGGACAUGAACCAUCACCAGAUGAGCUUGGAGAAGUCCAGCCUGCAGAAGUGUCUCCUCUACUUUGAGAGUCUGCAUGGACGUCCGAGUACAGUUCAGGAAUGUUCCGUCAUCAAGCCUUUCUAUGAUCGCUAUCACGUCCUCAAACAGCUGCUGCUCCCCUCCUCCUCCUCGCCCACGCUCAUCACCACCAUCGAGGAAGAGGAGGGUUCCGAUGAAGAGCCAAACCCCGCACCAGGAAGUGAGCCACCGGGGGCGCCGCUCACUGCUCCCGCCGUGGAGAUAUCCCACACACCUGCGGUGUCUCCACUGGAGGAGGUCAAGUCUCUCCAGAUGCAGGUGGUCACCAUGGCAACGCUACACGAGGCCUCCAGAUCAGAAUUAUUAGACCACCUGAGGAUCACACGCUUGGAAAAACGAAGGCUUCAUCGAGCGCUUCGAGAGUUUGAAGACCUUUUCUACACGCUGAGUGGCAGGGUCUGUCAAAAGGACGACCGCGGCCCUAUGGCAGAGGAGUACCGCCAGUACAAGAACCUCAAAGCGAAGCUCCGCCUCCUGGAGGCUCUGCUCAGUAAAAAAGAGGAAAGAGCCAAGAGCCGCUGAGCUUCUCACAAGUGUCCAAAAAAAGAAAUGAUGCACUUUACAGGAAGAUGGAAGUUCCAAAAAAAAAAGCACAAGAUGGCGCGACGUGUUUGUUAUGUAGCGUACUUCCUUACUUUAUUGUUGAUGAUUUAGUGGAUUUAUGGCACUUUGCUAAUAGUGUGAAAUAUGCAUAUGUUGGCAAAAAUAAAUCUAUGACGAAGUAUCGGGGCCACCCUGACAAGUCCAGGGACAACAAAUAGAUAAAGUCAGGUGAGAAAAGAAGGAGAAGGUUGCAAAAUUGAGAGAAUAAAAUCGAAUGUGGUGGCUAAUAUUUUUACAGAAAUAUUACAAGAACAGUCAUAAUAUUACAAGGAAGUCCAAAUACAAACCCCGUUUCCAUAUGAGUUGGGAAAUUGUGCUAGAUGUAAAUAUAAAGUUCAAGUUAAAGUACCAAUGAUUGUCACACACACACUAGGUGUGGCGAAAUUAUUCUCUGCAUUUGACCCAUCACCCUUGAUCACCCCCUGGGAGGUGAGGGGAGCAGUGGGCAGCAGCGGUGGCCGCGCCCGGGAAUCAUUUUUGGUGAUUUAACCCCCAAUUCCAACCCUUGAUACUGAGUGCCAAGCAGGGAGGUAAUGGGUCCCAUUUUUAUAGUCUUUGGUAUGACUCGGCCGGGGUUUGAACCCACAACCUACCGGUCUCAGGGCGGACACUCUAACCACUAGGCCACUGAGUAGGUCAACGGAAUACAAUGAUUUACAAAUCC